AUGUUUCCAAAGAAAUACUGUGACCGGACUGUUGUUGAUAACAUUGGUUUUCCACAUUACAUGAGGAGACAAACUGAUGAUUUUGUUGAGAAAAAUGGUAUCAGACUUGAUAACAGUUGGGUUGUUCCAUAUAACAAGAAGUUAUCUUUGCGUUAUAGAGCACAUAUCAAUGUUAAGUGGUGUACACAAGCUAGAUCAAUCAAGUAUUUAUUCAAAUACAUCCACAAAGGUCCUGAUAGAGUUUUAGCUACUAUCGAGAAUAAUGCCAAAGACAUUGGUGAGUUUGCGAACGAGGAUGGUGACGAGGCAUCUGAAGUUACUAAAGAUGAGAUUAGAGAGUAUUUUGAAUGCAGAUAUGUAUCUGCUUGCAAAGCAUCUUGGCGUAUACUUGCUUUUGCAAUACAUUAUAGAAGUUUUCCUGUGGAAAAAUUAUAUUUCCAUCUCCCUGGAGAACAACCAUUCGUGUAUGGUGAUGAUGACCCAGUAGAAACAGUUCUUAAUCGCAGAUCAGUUCAGAGUUCAAUGCUACUUGCUUUCUUUGAAGCUUGCGACAAAUAUCCUGAAUUAUCGAAGAAUCUCACCUAUGCCGAAUUCCCAAUAGUGUUUAUAUACGACAGAAAAGAGGUUGAGUGGAGGCCAAGACAAAAGAUUGACAAAGUUUUAUAUCCUACAUUCAAGGAUGCAUGUUAUGCUUUGGGUUUGCUAGAUGAUGACACUGAAUACAUAGAAGCUUUGAAAGAAGCAAGCAUUUGGGGAUCCGGAUCUUUCCUAAGGAAACUUUUUGCUGUUAUGCUCAUUACGGAUAGUAUUCUUAAUCCAUGUGGAGUUUGGAAUGAGACUUGGCAACUUCUUUUAGAUGAUAUCAUAUAUCGACGAAGGAGAUUAGAAAACAGAGAAGAUUUAACCCUUUCUGAAGACCAGCUCAAAAAUUAUACAUUGGAUGCAAUUGAGAUAAUUAUGCGUAGCAAUGGAAGUUCUUUGGCUUAUUUUGAUGGUAUGCCUCUUCCAUCUGAUGGUUAUCAUAAUGCUUCCAUUAACCGAUUGUUAUUCGAUGAAAGGAAUUAUGAUAAGGAUGAGAUGUCUGCUCUCCAUAAUAAGAUGCUUCCUGGUUUAACUGAAGAGCAGAUGAAAGUAUACUCAGAGAUAAUGGAAGCUGUUACAUUAGACCAAGGACAAAUUGUAUUAAACGUGGCCAGUAGUGGUAUAGCUGCUCUUUUAUUGCCUGGUGGAAGAACAACUCAUUCACAAUUUGGAAUUCCUUCAAAUCCAGAUGAGCUAUCUACUUGCAAUAUGCAUCCAGGAUCAGAUUUAGCUACAUUAGUGGCUGAGGCCUCAUUAAUCAUUUGGGAUGAAGCUCCUAUGAUGAGUAAAUUUUGUUUUGAGAGUUUAGAUCGGAGUAUGCGUGAUGUUAUUCCUAGGCAUAAAGAUAAACUUUUUGGUGGAAAGGUUGUUGUCUUUGGUGGUGAUUUCCGACAAGUCUUGCCUGUUAUAACUGGUGGUGGAAGAGAAGAUAUCACAAGGGCAUCUCUAUGUUCUUCUUAUCUAUGGGACGAAUACAUUGAUGCAAGUGUUGCAGAAGAAAUCAAAUCUUUUUCUGAAUGGAUUCUUCGGGUAGGCGAUGGUAAGGUUAAUCUACCAAAUACAGGGGAAAUCAUGAUUGAUAUGCCCGAGGAACUUUUGAUAACAGAGUGCAAUGAGCCAAUUAAGGCUAUUGUUGAAUCUGUUUAUGGAUUAGGAUUUGAAGAACAAAACGAUCCUAACUUUUUCCAGGAAAGAGCAAUUUUAUGUCCAACUAAUGAUGAUGUAUGCGCGAUUAAUGAUUACAUGAUGUCUGCUCUUCGAGGAGCACCUGUCAUGUUGCUAAGAAAUAUUGAUCCCAAUAGUGGGUUAUGCAAUGGAACCAGGCUUCAAGUGACUCAACUAGCUGAUCACAUCAUUGAAGCAAUUGUGUUAACAGGGCAUACACUCGGUCAGAAAGUCUAUAUACCUAGAUUGUCUGUUUCACCUCCUGAAGAGUUAAGUCUAAAGCAGGUUCUCAUUGUUGACAAAGAAGGCAAUCCACAGAAACAGACCAUGAAUGUCGUCUUCAAAGAAAUAUUCCAGAAGCUUAUCAAGUAG